AUGGACCGCGGCAACCGCCACUACAAGCCUCCAUCCUCGGAGAGCACCUUCUCCUUCCCUCUCCUCAAACCCUCCGAGCUCAUCCCGUGCAUGACCGACUUCGGCCUCGCCCUCGCCGAAGAAGACCUCACCAAACCCACCCAAGCCCGCAUCCUUGCCAUCUACGACCACAUCACACACACCCUCCUCAACCGCACGCGCGAGCACUACAGCCAAAUCAGCUUCGACGCGAUGCAGAUCCUCGAGCAGCCGGAACUGCAGCAGGAGAGUAUCACGCUCGUGUCGUAUUACCGCGCGUUGAGACGGCUGAUGUCCGAGAUUGGAGUGGACGACUUCAGCAUGAGGGACAUUUUGAGGCCGGAACCGCCGAGGAUUAGGAAGAUUUUGAGCGCGGUGGUCAAUUUUGGAAAGUUCAGGGAGGAGAGGUUGGGCGUUUAUGAAAAGUGUACGGUUCGAGGGGAGGAGAUCAUACAACGAAAGCAGGCCCUGGAAGAUCAAAACCGGCAACUGGCAGACAAAGUCAAUACGCUGAGACAGCAAAGGGCAGAACAGGAGCCAGCGGCGCAAAAGCUCCGUGAUGCAAACUCCGAACUCACGGCUGAUCUGCGGCAACUGCAAAAGAAACAAACGGGGUUGACGUCUGAGGCGGAAGCGCUGAAAAAGGAGAAGACGGAGUUGGCGGAGAAGCUGUCGAAAAUGCAAAUGACCAUCAUGAACCUGAAACAAGACUGCGUCCGUCUAAAAUCACGCAUCGUCCAAAGCCCCGAAAAGCUCAAAGCGUCAAUAGCCGAAAUGAACAACUCCCUCCAAGGCGACAAGAACACCGUCGCAUCAAUACAAAAGAGAUCCCGCGAGCUGCAGCUAAAAGUAGACCUCAUGAACAUGGUGGAGCAGGACAUUGACGCGUGCUUGAAGCUAAUGGCGGAGUGUGAGGCCGAGAAGAACAAGGCGGAGCAGGCGGCGAGGAAGGUGGUUUCGGAUAAGGAGAAUAUUGAGAAGCGGAGGGGCGAGAUUCGGGAGCUGGAUUUCAGGGAGGAUCAAAUGAAACGCCAAAUAACCGGCGCCCACGAAAAGCUUACCCGCCUCCAAAAGCACCAAUCGGUCAAAAAAGACGCCAUGUCCGCCAAACUCACAAAACUCAAACACGAAUUCGACGCCGCGAACGUCGAACGGACCCACUGCGCCACCGCGACUGACGAAAACACCCGGAUUGUGAUUGAGAUGGAGGAGAAGAUUGCGGAGUUGAGGCGGCAGGAGAGUGUGGAUGCGGCGGGGUUAGAGGACAUUAUUGAAAGGAUUAGCAGUAAGUUUGAGAUGUAUCAGACAAGCAUUGAGAAGGUUAUGAUUACUUCGAGAUGA